AUGGUCAAAGACAAAGAAACUGUCAUUGAUGAAUUCAAUGACAUUGUGAACAUGACUCCCAACGAACUUCGCGACUGGUUGAAACAAGAGCAGUCGCAGGACUCAGGGUGGAUGAAUGAAUCCGGCGAAACGGUCGGGCAUGAAAGCGGGCGCAAAAUCGUCAACAUCCUCGAGCAUAAUCCAUCCAAGGAACCGGACAGCUACCGGGACCAGGAUAUUGAUCAUAUGCGCAAGGUCGUGUCGUACUGCAAGCGGCACUUAGCCCAGGAGGAGAAGGCGAAGCAGGAUAUUGAGAGCAAGAGCUACAAGUCGUUGAAGAACUGGGGUCAUGAUCCGUUGAAGAGGUAG